AUGUACGUCGUUUGCCCUCAAGUUCUGCCCACGGGGAUGCUGUCGGCGAUUGCUCAGGAGCUCAAACAGCUCUUGGGAGUGAGUUGUGCACCCGCUGUCCCAUUGGCUUUUGCGCCACAUGAUGCCCCGCUGUCCUUCAUUUUUCAUUUUCAUUUUUCAUUUUCAUUUUCAUUUUUCAUUUUCAUGUUAAUCUCGAUCGCCUACAUCCAGAUGGCGCUGGUUACGAGUCGCGACGGCGCCUUGUCGCUACUCAGCGGCGGUCGUUGUGGCUGGGAGCUAUACACCAUGCAGGAGCAGAUGAUGGGGAUAAGCCCCAGCACCCCCCUCGCUGUCGCCGCCUCAGCCGCAACCGGCAGCGGUGGCAGCAUAUCCAUGGCGCUGGCGGCUGCUUUUGCCGCUGCUAGUGUUGCGCCGGCAUCUCAUCAGGCUCUGCAAAUGUCGCCGCCGUCGCCAGGGCCAGCGGUGGUGCCUCUGCCACCGUCGGCCUGGCUUCCCGCGCCCCCCUCUCCUAGAGCGGCUGCUGCUGCGGCUGCGGCGGCAGCGGCUGCGGCGGCUUCAGGAGCUGGCAGUGGAGGUGGCGGCGGUGUUGGGGGUGGGGGUGGGGAUGCUGGUGGCACUAUUGGCGGCGGUGGUGGCGGCAAUAAGGCGCUAAGAGGGGCGCAGAAGGGGUUGGCGGCGGCCGCAGCUGUCCUCCUCAACCGAAAAGGUCUCAUGGGUCGGCCACCGCACCCAGCAGUCUUCUCCUCAGCUGCCGCCCCCUUCUCUUGUAACGACGGGAUGCCGUCGCCGUACGUUGGCGUCAGGGGCGGCAAGGCGGGCGGCGGGCCGGUGGGUGGCGGCGUCAGCAGUGGAGAGGGAGAACGGACAGGGGGAUUCCGCUCUGCAGGCUUUACGCGGAUGCUGUCAUCUCAUCUGCACAUGUUGGCGGCGGCGAGAGCGACCCACGGGUCAGUUAGCCGGAGUGUUCUAGAACGGCACAAGACAGAUCUCCCAGGGGAUGCUUCUGGGGGUAACAGUACGGCGACAACAGCUGGCGGGCUGCUGUCUGAUGCUACAGGUACGGGACAGCCGGACAUCGAGGGCAAUACCAGCUCCUUACACUGGCUUCUGGCAAGCUCUCCAGAGGUGAUGUUGGAGCUGGCCGCGUCAGGGCCCUCCGCGCUGGAGGUGAUGGUGUCCUCCAUGCGAAGCGGCAUCACAGCGGCCCUCACAAGUGCCGUAGCCCCGGAAGGCGGUGGUGACGAAGCAAGGGCGGCGUUAUCACAGGAGCUUGCCGCCCUGCGAUUGUACGACGUCAUAGGCCGGGGCGGCCAGGGAGUCGUAUUCUACGGCACCCUACACGGCCUUGAAACAGCAGUCAAGGUAAUUGUGCACCGGGGGAAAGGGGAGCCGCUGGCGCAUGAUGGAGGUGACCUGUGGGCAGCUGCUGAGGCGACGAGGGACGGCGCUGGCGGCGCUGCUGGUGGCGCUGCUGGCGGCGGAGCUGGCGGCGGAGCUGCGGUCGAAGAUGUGCCCGAAGGAGGCGGUCAGGGCGACCUGUCAAGGAUACGGAAAGCCAAGCGCGGCGCUCUGGAGCUGGUGGUGACGGGUGCGUUGUCGCAUCCGAAUAUCGUACAGGUGCUUGCUUCAUUCUCCGACGUUAUUAUGGUUCGCUGCACUUACCGCUCGGAGCCCAGUCCCAGGCUGCGGCUGGUGGCUAAAGACGAUCCCAUUUUAUCAUCUUGGGAGUCACCCGGCCCUCUCAACACCGUCGUGUGCCUGGAGUACUGCGACGCGGGAACCCUGCUGGACGCCGCACAAGCAGGCGCCUUCAGGCCGCGAGGGAGCUCCGUACUCUCCGGUGCCGUACGGCCAUCACUUGUACCGCUUUACACUAGCCUUCUGGAGGUGGCUCUGGCCUUGCGCUACCUGCAUUCCAGGCGGCUGGUCCAUUGCGACUUGAAGCCGGGGAAUGUGUUGCUCAAGAGCUCGCCGAGGGACCCGCGGGGCUGGACAUGCAAGCUCAGCGACUUCGGCUGUGUACGGCUGAUGACGGAGCUUCCCGUCACGCCAGAAGACCUGCAGCGGCCCUUCCCGCACACCCGACGAGCCCCGGCGGCACUAGGACACCACCAGCCGCAGCAGACGUCUUCGCCAUCCGGACAAAACCAGAAUCAACAUGAGCAUCAACACCAACCGGGGGUUUCACAGCCGCCAGCGACUGUGGUCGGGUUCCGAGUAGCUCAGCCACUGGGUACGAUUGCGUACAUGGCGCCUGAGUCCUUCAUUCGAGGACACAUCUUGGGAGCAAGUAUUGACAUAUACGCUUUCGGUAUUCUCAUGUACGAGCUGCUGAUGUGUCGGGCGCCGUACACGGGUAUCGACGCCCAGGCGCUGGCCCGUCUGGUCCUUCGCCAGCAUCUGCGACCCGACUUCCACCCACUAGCCCCUCCAGAGUAUUGCCACUUGGCCUCAAGGUGCUGGUCGAGUCACGCGUCGCGUCGACCGACUGCCGUUCAGCUGGUCAGCGAAAUCGAGGCGCUUCUUGGGGAUGCACAGCUUAAGGAGAGCCGCAAAGCAUUGCAGUCAACUGCUGUUAAUGUUGCUCCUACGACUGCAGCUGCAGCAGCGACGGCGGCGGCGCCGGUCGCCAGGGAGCGCCCGCCGCCCUCUCCCAUCGUUCGGCAGCUUCAGCAGCAACUGGCGGCGGCGCCGCCGCCGCCACAGCCGCCGCAGGAGCCACACGCGCGGAUUACGAAGUUCAAUGAUACCCCACUGGCCGCAGCUGUUCCUGCGGUGGCAUUGGAGACAGAGCAGUUGCUGCUGUCGUCAUUGAGGGCAUCGCCAUCGACGUUGCAACCGCAGCAGGAGCAGGAACCACUGCCACAGCUAUCACAGCAACAAGACCAGGGGUAG